GACCUUUAGACAUGUCUGAUCCUCGAACUCCUCAUUAAUCCACCACGGCCACGUAAGCACUGUUUAUGCGAUGGAGAGUGAGUAAUGUAUUAUUUGCGACGUGGCAAUUAAUACUCAAAAUCAUCGAAUGCUUUCUAGUUGCUUUUUAGGCUAGGUGCAUGUUCUUAGCAGAAACUUUCGAAGAUCAUCUGUCUUACCUCUAUAAGUGAACUGAACGAAGAACACCUCCACAUCUCACAUUCAAGAUGAAUUACUCAGCCUAUAUUCCGGACUACUCCCUCUUUGUAGAAUAUGCCAACACGUACGCCCAGCUACCCCUGUUCCCCUUCUUUGAUGUGGCCCAUUACAUCAUGAUGAUUCUAGCCCUCAGGAACGAUGCAGGAGAUGGGUUUGUGUCACUGGCCGAGAACAACCCCCUCGCUUGCUGGCUUUGUAGCAUGCUAUCCUGUUUUGCUGGAUACAUACUUAGCAAUGCCCUUCUGGGACAGUCCCUCUUGGCCCCUUUUGCAUACCACUCGAAGAUUGGCAUUGCAACUAUAGUGUGGUACAUGAUAUUUUACUCACCUGCUGAUAUAUUCUACAAGCUGGUUACAAGCUUCCCUGGCAAGCUUGUGAUAGGCCCCAUGAAGGAGGCAGUCAGGGCACGUAAGGUUGGACUAGGAGUGCUUCAGGCUGCUCAGGUCUAUCCUCAAGGCUUUAUCAUCAUGGUCAUCAUCGGAACCGUCAGAGGAUCUGGAAGUGCCUUCAUGAGGUUCUUUGAAAGAGUUCUGAGAGGAGCCUGGAAACCAACACAGAAUGAAUUACUCAACCCAUCAUUCAUGACCCAGGCUACCAUCCUCUGCAGCAUCCUCCUCACCAUGGAAACCCUGGACUACAUCCCUAUAGAUGCACCGGAGCUCAUGCUGAUGCUCACCACUCUCCUGGUAGGCUACAAGAUGGCGUCGGUCGUGUUCAAGGUCGGCGACCCACUGGCGUCCAUAGAGAACACCUGCAGACCCCUGCUCUUCGGAAAGUGGAUUGGAAAGGACGCCCCCAUAGACAAAAAGGGCGAUUCCAAGAAGGAUGGUAAACCGAAGAAGGAAUGAAGGCGUUUUAACUGAUGGGAUGAAAUCUUCUUGUUGGUUGGAGUAGUCAGCGUCCUUCAAUGUUGAAGAUGCAGAACUUUAUGAGAUAGAUGAGCUUUGAAAGUACCAUACAGUAUUGCAGUGCAGCGCACCACCUGGUUCUCAUCAUUAUUACACCGUUACUUGUGAGGUGAAGGGUAGAUUAGUAGAAGAAUAGAUCCCGGGGAGUGUUUCACAAAGACUAAGAUCAACUUUAAGUUGGACUUAACUAUGCCAGGCCGUUCAUGCCAUUAGUUGCUAUCACCA